UAUAUAUACAACCCGCCUAAACGCCUAGAAUUUGUUUAUUAUGUAUUAUUUUUAAUUGUAUCGUGGUGGUUGAUUCGUAAAAAAUAGGAAAAACCGAGUAGCUCCUAUAGAUUCCAAUGGACAUUAAUAGAUAAAGAAAUAAAUAUUUUGUUGGAAAUAAAUAUUUUUGGGUCGUUAUUACCGAAUUAAUUUGGAAAGAAAAUUAAUUAUUCAUGUUAAUUCAUGAAAAUUUAAUUCGUCGAUGGAUUGAACAGUUCACAGUUCCCUCUGUUCAUCGAAGAGCCGUUCAUUGGCCGCAGCAAAACGACGACGUGUAUGUAUGACACGAUAAAUACCAAUGACAACAAAUGUCCGGCGUUCUGACAAUCUGUCAACUUUCAGUUGAUUUAGAAAUUCUUUAGAAGAAAUGAUAUAAUUGUUCGUUACUUUAGCAAUCAUGGGGUUCAUUGAAGACACUUUUAUCAUUCUUAUCACACAGGUAUUAUUCUUCAUAGGCGGAUGGGUAUUUUUUGUGAAAAAACUAUUCCGAGAUUAUGAGGUCCAUCAUAGACUGGUUCAGUUGAUAUUCUCAUCGACAUUCGCGUUAUCCUGCACGAUGUUCGAGUUGAUAAUCUUCGAGAUUGCGGGGAUCCUUGAUUCUAGUUCUAGAUAUUUUCACUGGAAUGUGGGACUCUACAUGAUACUCUUCAUGGUCAUUGUGUUGAUACCAUUUUAUAUUGCAUAUUUCAUCAUCAGUAACAUUGGUUUUGUUAGAAAAAAAUUGGUUCGUCCUCUGACCUUUUUAAUAUAUCUCUUCUACCUCUAUUUAUUUUGGAAAAUUGGCGAUCCCUUUCCAAUACUGAGCCCCAAGAAAGGCCUCCUGUCAAUAGAACAAGGAGUGAGUAGAAUCGGAGUGAUUGGAGUCACUGUGAUGGCACUGUUAUCCGGUUUUGGUGCUGUUAACUAUCCAUACUCAUCGAUGGCAUAUUUCAUGAGGCCCGUAUCGUAUGCAGACCUCCAGGCAAUUGAACGGAGGCUCCUGCAGACAAUGGACAUGAUCGUUGCUAAAAAAAAGAGAAUAGCACUGGCCAAGAAAGGAGAUGUUGUCUCGCAUUCAGACAAUCGUUCAAGACUCUGGGGGAUGUUGUCGCCGUUAACUAGCUCCAAAGGGCAUCAAGAGAAUAUCAGACAAUUGCAGUCAGAGGUCUCAAGCCUCGAAGAAUUAUCCCGUCAGCUGUUCCUGGAGACUCAUGACAUUCAGAAUGCAAGGGAGCGACUGGAGUGGGCUGCCACAUGGCAGGGAAAAUACUUUAACUUCUUAGGAUAUUUUUUCUCAAUUUAUUGCACGUGGAAAAUUUUUAUAUCAACGAUAAAUAUUGUUUUUGACCGAGUGGGGAAGAAGGAUCCUGUGACUCGAGGCAUUGAAAUCGCGGUCCACUGGAUCGGAUUCAACAUCGACGUAACCUUCUGGUCACAGCAUAUAUCCUUUUUUCUUGUUGGAUGCAUCGUCGUCACAUCUAUUCGGGGUCUUCUCCUCACACUUACCAAGUUUUUUUACGCGAUAUCCAGCAGCAAGUCUUCCAACAUUAUAGUGAUGAUACUUGCCCAGAUUAUGGGAAUGUACUUUGUCUCGUCAGUGCUACUGAUGCGGAUGAAUAUGCCAGCCGAGUACAGAAUGAUAAUAACUCAAGUACUUGGUGAUCUUCAAUUCAACUUUUAUCAUCGAUGGUUUGACGUUAUAUUUUUAGUAUCUGCACUGUCAUCAAUUGUCUUUCUAUAUUUGGCUCACAAACAAGCGCCCACUGAACGGUUAUGAAGAUAAUAAAAGUUUUCGUUGUUCA